AUGGCGGUUCGAAACCCUAACCCUAAUGUUUUCCUUUCCUCAGCCACUGAACGCAGCCUCUACCCCCUUUUCUUCCUAAACACCCCACACACAAAAGAAGAAAGAAACGCAGAGAGAGAGAGAGCACAAAGAGCAGAGAAAAGAGAGAGGGAAGAGCUCUUGCCCCGCCGCCGCUGUGACCGUCGCACUGCCACCGUUCAACUCCGCUCGCACUGCCGCGCGUUCCGUCAUCAUCAGAGUCAUCGACGCCGUUUGUGGAGCCGCGAGGAGCUCGCCGUCGAGCUGCUUUGCAGCGCCGUCCCGUCCAUAGAGCCGAGCCCGAGCCCGCUUCGUCACCGCCGUCGAGGUCUUCAUCGUCGCUGGCGCGGUCGGAGCCGCCGUCGUUGGAGAGAGAGCAAGCGCGAAUCUGAAAAAGGGAGAGAGAGAGAGACGAUGCAACAGAGGAGGAAAGGAGAAGUCUUCUGUCAUCAACGCCACGCCUCUUCACCACCGCCGCCGCCGGAAUCUCUGGUUGCCGCCAUGAUUAAUGCAUGUCUCAAUGGAGCCACUGGCGGGGUGAUGCUGCUGCCGGAACCACCGCGGGGUGUUGCUAGGAAUCGCCCCUGCCCUGCUUCCGCUAUACUUAGGUUCAACAUCCAUUGGCCUGGAGCUGUUUCUGCCUUUCGAUUCCAUUGAAUUCGAAAUCUUCAUUUCACUGCAACCAUGGUCAUUGUUGUGGAAGCUAAUGCUACUGCUGUCCCGGUUGUGUUGAGAUGUAGUGCUGCUGCUCUCUGGGCAGAAACGGUUGCGUGACUAGUAGAGGUCCAGCCAGCUGUCUCGCAGCAAUUCUGCCAACGGUCUCUUGUAAUUGCGACAUCGAGUGACACAGGUUCGAAGACUCCGUUUGAAGCUGCGGGAGAUUAUAGAAUUUUACUUAUGAGUUAAGUUACUUCCAUAGAAGUUCCCUCGCUCUUAUUGCUUAACAUUUUUAUUUUAUACAGAGGGAUAGGAUUUGUAUGUGAGUUUUAUUUGAAAUCUUUUGUAUGACAGAUAUUAUUAUUAAUAAUUAUGUGAUUAUUAUUACUU